AAUGAUGAGACAUAUACGAACAAAGCAUCCCAUAGAAUACUCUGAACUAAGCAUAGAGAGACCUGAUUCACCACCACAGCCUGGACCAGCACAACUUGGUGAGCCUGGACCAUCACAGCCUGGUGAGCCUGGACCAUCACAGCCUGGUGAGCCUGGACCAUCGCAACGUGGUGAGCCUGGAUCAUCACAACCUGGUGAGGCUGGAUCAUCCACGGCCACAUUUGCGGCACCACGGAGGUUAGUCCAACGCCAACAAACUCUUGCAAAUGUCAUCACCAGAAGGCAAGCAUACCCAGCGGAAUCAGCAAAGAAAAAACACCUUGAUUCUCACCUACUUAAAAUGAUAGCUAUUGAUAUGCAACCUAUAUCAUUGGUUGAAAAUGAAGGAUUCAAGGAAUUUGUAAAGGUGCUCGAUCCGCGCUAUAUUCUUCCUAGUAGGAGGGAGCUCAUGAGGACACAUUUUCCUUCUCUCUACGAAAAUCAAGUACAGCAAGUGCGAAGUGAAUUGGAGGGGGCCAGUUUUGUCACUCUCACUUCUGAUCUUUGGACCUCAAGGCAGACUAAAUCAUUUCUAAGUGUGACUUGCCAUUUCAUAUCACCAGAAUGGGAGCUGAAGUCAAGGUUACUGGCAACAAAGAGACUAAUGGUAGACCACACAUCACAAAACAUUGCAGAUGCACUGAUAGAGAUAUGUGAGGAAUGGAACGUGAUGGAAAAAGUCUAUUGCAUAGUAACAGAUAAUGCUGCCAAUAUGAUAAAAGCAGUGAAAGACAUCAUAAAAACAGGACACAUUGGAUGCUUUGCUCACACACUGAAUCUUGUUGUUCAAAACGCAAUAAAGAACACAGGGGAAGUGAAGGAGGUGCAGGACAAAAUCAAAGCCAUUGUCUCAUUCUUUCACCAUAGUGUGAAAGCUUCUGAUAAGUUAGGUGCAUUGCAAGUACAACAGGGAACAGAGAAAAAGAAACUAAUAAUAGAUGUGGAAACGAGGUGGAACUCCACAUUCUAUAUGUUGGAAAGAUUUCAGGAGCAACAUCAAGCUGUUACCACAGCCCUGUGUGUGCUUGGGAGAGGUAGCAUGUGCUUAUCAAGUGAGGAGUUGAAAACUGUAAAAAAAUCCAUCUCUGUGCUACAUCCUUUUGAAUUAGUAACUAAAGAACUUUCAUCAGAAAAAAUAACCUGCUUAUCAAAAGUUAUACCAAUGAUCAAAGCCCUGCGAAGCUGUAUGUCUUCUAGGAAUGACACAGAAAGAAGUGAAUUAUACACAACAUUUGCUUUGGGAAAGGAGCUAAAAACACUAUUAGACAAAGUUUGGAUCACUGGAGAGCAAUUUCCUUCUUGGAGCAGCGACAUUGCUGGAUCCAAGAUUUAAAAAACUGCCCUUUGCUGACCAAGGAAACCUGGCAAGCAUACAAGACCGCCUCCUCAGCUAUAUGCGUAGAAGUGAAACGCAGAGGGAGUCAACAUCACAAGCUGUUCCUUCACAAGUCACACAGACAUCCACAGAGGGGAAGUUGGACUUGUGGAGAGAACAUGAUGACACGGUAAAAACACGUCUGCAGGCAGCACCACCAAGUGUUGGAGGACAUGUGGACAUGAGGCGGUACUUA